AUGGUGAUGGACUUCGCCCGCCUCAAGGGGAGGCCGCGGGCGCCCGGACCCUCCGGUGUACACGGAAGGGUCUGGUUCACCGCGGCCCCCAUAGUGAGCGGCCGUCUGAGGCGGCUCUUCACGAGCUGCCUCAGAGAUGGCAUAUUUCCCAGGCCGUGGAAAAGGGCCAGGCUUGUCCUCCUCCGUAAAGAGGGCAAGCCAGCGGAGAGUCCCUCCACUUAUAGGCCAUUAUGCCUGCUGGACGAUGCGGGGAAAUUGCUGGAGCGAGUCAUUGCUGCCCGCAUCGUCCGGCACCUGUCCCGGGAUGGUACCAAUCUAUCCCGCGGUCAGUAUGGCUUCCGGGAGGGCCUGUCGACUAUCGACGCCGUCAGACAAGUCAGAGCCCUCUCGGAGCAGAUGACCGCGGGAGGGGAGGUGGCGUUGGCGAUAUCCCUUGACAUCGCCAACGCCUUUAAUAGCAUCCCAUGGGACCGGGUAGUGGGGGCGAUGAGAGGACAUCACCUCUUUCCCCCCUACCUGGUCGCUAUUAUAGAGGACUAUUUCCGGGACAGGCAGCUGGAGUUCCAUAACAAAACGGGACUCCAGCAGCGGAGGGAUAUGUUGUGCGGCGUUCCACAGGGGUCCGUGCUGGGACCCCUACUCUGGAACGUCGCAUACGACUACGUUCUCCGCGCGGCCUUACCCCCCGGCUGCCACGUCGUUUGCUACGCGGACGACAUGUUGGUGGUGGUCGGGGGCACGACCUGGGAGAGAGCCGUCGGUACAAACGUCGCAGUGGCGUGUGUGGUCGGCUCCAUUAAGGAGUUGGGCAUAAGGGUGGCCCCCGCUAAAUCGGAAGCUUUAUUCUUCCACGAUGGAAAGAGCGGGGUGCCCCCACAGACACAUAUAGUGUGGCGCCCCCCUCCCGAAAACGACCCGCCGACAACGGGCGCUCGGACCGUGGAAACCAUCCUCCCCUGCCUCGAGGAAUGGGUAGGCAGGGGAUGGGGCGGACUAUCGUUCCAAGCAACGCAGGUGCUCACCGGACACGGAUGUUUCGGGGAGUGCCUGUGUCGCAUAGGUAAGGAGCCGACCACUUGUUGUCACCACUGCGACGGGGACCGGGACACCGCGCAGCAUACGCUGGAAACCUGCCCGGCUUGGGCGGGCGAGCGCGGUUUCCUGGUCCGGGAGAUAGGGAUGGAUCUCUCCCUGCCGGCUGUCAUGAAGGAGAUAGUCGGCAGGGAGAGUGCUUGGAGGACCUUCUCCUCCUUCUGCGAUCGGGUGAUGUCGCAGAAGGAGGAGGCUGAAAGGCAGAGGGAGAGGGCACCGGGAGGUCGGGCCCCUCUCCCGCCCCCGCCGCCUCCGGGUGGCAGGGCUGACGGGGGGGAAGGAUAUGCGCGGGUCGGCAAUAAGCCGACUGGCCUGAGGGGCUCCCAGAAGUAUGCUGCACGCGUUCCUGGGAGUCCCUCAUGCAAGGCCAGGGCCAAUAAUGAAUUGAAAGAAUUCGCGGAUCUGAUCCGAAAAUCGAAUCAUCAACGACAAAUGCAGAAAUUUCUAGCGGAACAGGCCACUCAAUGGCAUUUCAUAACCCCCGUAUUCGUCCCAUAUGGGAGGAAUAUGGGAGAAGCUCGUCUUAACUCUCGACCGCUAACUCCUAUAUCAAAUGACCCAGCAGAUUUAACCGCACUAACUCCAGGGAAUUUUUUGAUAGGAACACCUCUAAGUGCAAUGCCCCAACGGGACUUAAUAGAUACUCCAACGAAUUAUCUUAUGCGUUAUCAGUUAUUGAUUAAACUUCAGCAACAUUUAUGGUCUCGUUGGAGCCAUGAGUAUUUGUCUCAGCUACAAAUCAGGCGUAAAUGA